AUAGAAAAAAAUAGGAUGGUGAACGAAGAAACAGGCAACAAUAAUGGAGACAAAGUUGAAGGGUUAUUCAGCCCCAAGUUCCGAUCUGUUGCUGCUAUGGCUGGUUGGGACGAAGAAGCUCUUCUCAUUGCCAGUCUUGUUGUUGAAGAUACCCCCGAUCGCCCUCCUAAACACAAGAAACGUUCUGAUUUGCUGCAUUUCAAGACUCCCCCAACAAACUCCAGAAGGAAAAGAAGGGCUCAGAAGAGGAGUCCCAUAACUGCGACUGUUCUUGAUCUUGAUGAAGAUGACACUGCAAAACAAGAAAGCGAUAAAAAGGAGGCAGAAUCAACAUCCAUUGAGAAAUUAGACAAGAAAGGAGGUGAAACAUCGGAAGAACAGGGUUGUUCUGUUUCAUCCUUUAGUAAGAAGAUAGAAUCAAAAUCCAUUGAGAAAGCAGACAAGAAAGGAGCUGAAGGAUCGGAGGCACAGAAAUGUUCUGUUUCAUCUUCUUCUUCAGCAUUUCCCUCCAUUGAUCGACUUCGUGAAGAGCUUUCUUGCGCUAUUUGUUUGGAGAUCUGUUUUGAACCAAGUACCACUCCUUGUGGUCACAGUUUUUGUAAAAAGUGUCUGAGAUCUGCUGCUGAUAAAUGUGGAAAGAAAUGUCCCAAGUGCAGGCAGCUUAUCAGCAAUGGUAGAUCAUGCACUGUUAACACAGUUCUUUGGAAUACAAUUCAACUUCUAUUUCCCAAAGAAGUAGAAGCAAGAAAAACAGCGGGAGCUUUGACUACUAGAGAAGCUAAACGUCAAAGUCCAGUAAGAGCUGCUGCUACUCAUUCUAACAUUACAAGAGUCCUAGCACUUAACAGCCCAGAAUCUGGUCCUAGUAGUCAAGAAAGAAGGAAUUCUCGCGCCAUGAGAAGACAAAGUGUCCGAGUUUCUGGAAUGCCAAGCAGAAAUCGAGACAUUAGCUCGAGAAGGGAGUUACCAAUCCAGGACGAGGAUGCUGCAUUGGCUCUAAGAUUGCAAAGAGAGGAGUUCAUGGAAACCUUCAGGAGAAGAAGUUCUGCUGAUGAGCAGUACAGGAGCUCUCUUGCUCUAGCCAGAGCAAAUUUGAGGGCCAUGGCAUCAAGAGCCAUUAACAGAGGAGGCCGUGGAUCAUAAAUUUGUAUUUUGUUUUAGAUUGCACUUGGAAUUGGACUUGUCUUCUUAACAUUGAAAACCCAAUGUUCUUGUUGAAAAACUGAAAGGUCCUUUAACUCCUCAUGAAGUACCCAUUACCCAUAGCUACUUGUACUAUUGUUAUAUCAUUUUUUUUUAUGGUUGAAACUUGAAACUCAUGAAUUGCUGUUGUCCAUGCCAGCAUCUUGCUGAUCAAGUCAAAGGAUCAGCAAUGAUGAGAUAAUGAAGCAAAUUUUGUUACGUU